AUGACUUCUUCGCCAUCCGUGCAGCACGACAACGGCCGAACCAACUCCCAGGAGAUUCACCAUCAGUCCAGUCUGACGCUGUCUCGCACCCCACAGCCGUAUCAUCGACGAGGAGACAGCCUGGCGAGAAGCCGGACAGGCCCUAGCAACCAUGAGUCCGAAGCCACGAAUGGAUACGCGGUGCCAGUCACCAGCCGCUCGGAGUCGAGCGAGAGCGGGACAGAGGCCGACGAUGAGAAGGGUCCCCUCUUGAAGGGUCUACCGGCCCCUCCAUUACGCCUCAGGAAAGGCCUCCGUGGAAAUUCGCCCGCAGGACUUACGCCGGCGGCCAGUCCUCUGUCGACACCUCCCGCUUUUGCCGAUGCACACGAGUUUCGGUUCUUCCAGCCACGUCACAGAGGAGCGAAGAAGGCUCCGGAGGGAGAAAGACAAGUCAAUGACUUCGAAGCAUACAAAAGUCGGAAGCGGCGGGAGAUUGUUCGGCGAUGUACAGAGACUUCCCUUCUGUGUGGAAUCGGAGCCAUUGUUUGGUCCAGCAGAGGGGGUACAGCUGGUCUCGUCGACUGGUUGAAUGAACUUACCACUUUCCUCCUGAUACCGCCUUUCAUCUAUACACUUUACCCGAUCCGCCUCACCUUGCGAGCUCGAGCUCGAGCUACGGACAAGACCCUUGGGCACUCCGUUCGCCAGGGGUUUCAUAUACCCUCUCGCUUCGAUCCUGGGCCUCUGCUGUACCCGGUUGUCCUGCCAGUCUUGAUAGCGCUCUCGCUGUUCCCGCGGAGCACUGCAUUCCUCCCGGCAGCACUUGUUUGCGGCCUUUCGUCCAUUCCUCCUUUGAUCACAGCAACCCCAAAAGUUCCUUCCAUUGGAGAGUACUUACACUGGGCUCUCUCGCUACUACCACUACACCCCUCGAAAUUACGACUUUUCCCGACCGGUCGCUUGACGCCACUCUCUUUGAAACUCGAGCAGAACCACCAUCUGGUGCGAGAAGACUUGGCCUUGCUGUUCCCCCUUCACCAGGCGCUCAUGACGGUCUUGGGUUACCUUACAACUUCGAGUCUAGACGUUUCAGAACUACAACUUCUCUCCACCGCGUUAACUAAUCUCUUCCUCUUUGCCCAGACUCCUCAAGCCGAGAUCCUGAAGGGCAUGAUUUGGCUUGGAGGACUGUGUAUCUUCAUUUCCUGCAAGAACAUCCUGAUAUGGGAGGUUACCCUGGCAAGAAUCCCUACUUGGAAACUGCUCCACAAGCGGCGCCAAGGGGGCCUAGUUUCGCAGAUUGACCGGGCAGUCUGUCAGUUCCUCACCCGUCGAAGAAGUCAACGUACCCGGCGGCUCGUUUCCGAUAGCGACGACAGCGACGAGGGCUCGUCGAACACAUUCUGGAGGGUUCGGCCGCGUCAGAAAACUUCAAUGAAUGAAAGAUAUUCCAUCUUAGCCGCUGCUCCCGAACCUGAUUCCGCGACCCCAUCGCUAAAUGGAAAGGGCCCUUCGCCGGGCACAUCUAUCUCUCUCCAGCUACGUCGACGCAAUACCUUUGCAGCUUUUGAACGUGGCGGCGGCAAAGGACAGCCACGCAGCGCAAGAAAGCCCAAAUCAAACCCGAGCGGUCCAUCGGCCGCUUUCUUGUCAUUCAGCGUGGAACAAGCUCACAUUCGUAAGUAUGCGUAUGCCGGGGCAGCAUACCUUUUGGUCAUCGCCACGAUACUGGGCCCAGUUCGAAUGUACAUCAGCCAACGAGCAUUGUCUGGCCACGAACCAUUUGGGUGGGCUCUCGGCUAUCUCUUUGGGCAAGUGCCCAUGUUUCGAUUCUGGGUCAUCAGCAACAACCUCGACUGGUGGAUCUGUCUACCGCCUCGUGAGACGAGCGAUCUGACUAGUGUUCGAUUCGGCAUCGUCGAGAAUGCACGCCAACACGUCCUUGGUCCUGCUAAUACACGGCUGUUAGUUUGCGCUUAUUGCGGAGUGGUGUUGCUCACUGGCAUCGCCGCAGUCCUCCACCUCACUUCAGUUGUCGAGGUCGACACAAGGCGGAAGGUCUUUCAUGGCAUGAUGGUUGCUAUGCUUCUGCCAACCAUUUUUGUGGACCCCUGUUUUAUUGCACUGGCCCUCAGCCUGGUGCUGGCUGGUUUUCUCCUGCUCGACUUGUUUAGGGCUUCACAACUACCGCCCAUUUCAAAACCCUUGACCACAUUUCUCGCGCCUUACGUGGAUGGUAGAGACCACCGUGGGCCGGUUAUUGUGUCGCACAUCUUCCUUUUGAUUGGGUGUGCGAUCCCACUCUGGUUAUCCCUUGCCGCCGCCCCUCGCAUUGGUCAUGACCCCUGGAUUGGCUGGGAUACCUCUGUACGAGACUUGAGUAUGGUGAGCGGCGUUAUUUGUGUCGGGAUGGGGGACGCCGCUGCGAGCUUGAUCGGGCGGCGUUAUGGAAAGACAAAAUGGUGUUGGGCAGGCGGAAAGAGUUUAGAAGGCAGCCUUGCGUUUGCGAUCGCGGUCACGGCUGGUCUAUAUGUCUCAUGGCUCUGGCUUAGACUAGGUGGGUGGGCACCAUGGCAGGACGAGACUCUUGAUCGGACGCUAGCAAAGUGUUUGAUGGCAGGAGUGGGAGCUAGUUUGCUGGAGAGCACCUUGACUGCAGCGAACGACAAUGUAGUCGUGCCGAUUGGACUGUGGUUGAUAGUCCGAGGGCUGGACAUCUAG